CAGCUCACAAGGGUGAGAUCUUUAAAGGGGGAGUAGCCUUUUUAUAGAUGAGACUCACAGAGGCUCAGAAUCUCUUCAGACUUUCGUAAUCCUGAACGAGACUGGAGGAAAUUUUCAAUGUGAACAACCCUGCCUUAAUAUUUUCCAAUCCAUUGGACACGGGUAUAACUAAAGGCUUUGUAUUCUUGCUUCUCUCCCUGUUUAUUUGUGAGGCACAGAUGGACAAGCAGCUGAUGCAGGAGGCAGUUCCACGCACAGCACACUUAACCGAGGACCCAGAGGCAUCUUGAAAUAGAAAUUCAAAAGAGGAGGAGGAGGAGAGAAAGGAAGGGGGUUUUUAAGGGAGAGCAUUGGUAUGCCAGGUUCAGUACAUAGCAUGGCUGUGCAGAAGAAACAGUGUGUCAUCCCUCCAUCGCAGGGACCUCUUUCUACACGUACCAUCGAAAGCCAAAGAAAGAGAAACAGAUAUGAAAAAACAGAAGAAAAUGGCUCUUAUCACAAACCGAUUUCAGCGACAGUGAAGAAAGCAACCUGUUCUGUCAACAUCUGCAACACAGUUACUCCUCGGGCUGCUGCAGCAGGUAAUGGACAAAAUGUUGACGAGAGGCUGAAAGCCGCACGAGAAAGAAGAGAAGAGCACCAGAAGCUACUUGCCUCUCGGGAACUGAGCAGGUUAGAGCGGGAGCAGCGGGCUAGGCUUUACUAUGAACAACAACUGCAGGAGCGCAAGAAGAAACUCCUGGAGCAGAGGCUCAAAGAGGAGAGGAGGCGUGCUGCUGUGGAAGAGAAGCGGAAGCAGAGGCUCAAAGAGGAGAGAGAACGAUAUGAAUCUGCAGUGCGUAGGACACUCGAGAAGAGCCAAAAGGCCCAGCAGAGCCUCAGUCAAAAUGCAAGAGGAAGGAAACUCACUAAAAAUGUUCCACAUCGCUUGCCACUGACCACAUGGGAGAAGAACCUGGUCAGUCGUCUCCUUACCCCCACAUGCUCUUAUCUGGCCAGGAGCAAGAGUGCUGGUUGUCAGUCAGGAGAACAAGUUGUCCAUGUUUGUCGCCGUGCAGUUUCAUUCCACUCCAUGAAUACCACCACCACCACCACUCACAAACCCCGGCAUCACUCUGGUUCAGUCCACAACAGGCCAUCUGCUUCCUCUGGUUCUCGCAACAGCCAGCACAGAAGCAUCAGUGUGGCACAGAUAAAAGCAGCAAAGCAGCAAAACAUUGUUAAGAGGACCUCAAGUACUCGCUCUAACGUUCAAUCAAAUACCAUCAGCGUCUGUGUAAAAUCAGCUCUGAUGCCGAGCAGAACAUCCUCUCCAUCAUCAGAACGGACCUCACAAAGAUCAGUCAUCAAACAGCCAACCCUGCUCCAGCCUGAGCUCCCAUCACUCCCUGAGGAAGAUGCUGCUGCUUGCAACUCUGCCCUCUCUCCUGCUAACUCCAGGCCUGUCAGGAAAUCAGUUGAAUCUCAGCAAGAGAAACUGAGGGGUAAAAAUCCACAGGAGACUCCAAGUUCAAACUUGCCUGACAAAGACAAAGUGACAUCAAAGAGAACAGCAGGAGAUGGAGGUCUCUCCAAAAUGCCUCCUUGUCCAGCUCCACAGACUCCUGAAGUCAUGUCCCGCCCCUCAGCUGGAACUACUGACCCAGAGGAAGCCUCACGUCUCCUGGCUGAAAAGAGGCGAGAGGCCCGACUACAGCGGGAGAAAGAGGAGCAGGAGCGCAUACAGAGGGAGGAGGCUGAAAGGCAGAGCCGUGAAGAACUUGAGCGCAGGAGGGCAGAGGAGCGGGCACGACAGCAGGCUGAGGCUCAGCGUCUCAUAGAGGAGAAGAGGAAAAGGGAGCAAGAAGAGCAGAGACGAGCUGAGGAAGAGAGAGCUCAGGCUAUGAGGGAAGCUGCCCUCUUGCAGAAACAGAGAGAGGAGGAACUAGCCAAAGAGCAAGCACGAGCAGAGCAGUUGAAACAAGAGCGGGAAAUGCUCGCACAGAAAGAGGAGGCAGAGCGCCAAGCAAGGAAAAAGCGACUUGAGGAGAUCAUGCGGAGAACCAGAAGGACUGAUUCUCCAGAUACGAAAUCUGUUCCAGUGAGGAUUAUGUCAAAUGAUGCCCAACCAAAGGAAAACACGCAGCCUGUGCACAAUGGAACAAUAGAAGAUACAGCCAAGGUGCCAGUGGGAAAUAAAACCACACAGCUGGGCCUGAACAGUCAGGAGGAUAUGCUACCUGUUGUGGCCUUCAAAGAACGCAGGUCUCUUAGAACUCUCACUGGCCUGGAGGAAAUCCAGACCCACCAACGUGCAGAGGUCAUCUGAAUGCCUGCAGGAUGACUUUCAAAGCCUUUGUUGGAGACCGGUGAAUACACAAGAAUUACUGCUGCACAGCUAUUUUGCUCCCCUUCGGCACUUUGAAAGAGC